AUGUUGUGGCUAGUAUUCAUUGAUGUUGAAAGUGAUGAAGAAAACGUAAGAGAAAAAGAUCCAAUGAUUGUUAACCGUAUAGAAAAUAUUGAUGAAGAUUUGCUUGGAAGGGUUGUAUCCACUGAAGAGGAAGCUUAUAAUCUCUACAACAAUUAUGCUACGAGAGUUGGAUUUAGUGUUCGGAGGGGACAAAAGAGAUACAAUACAAAAAAAGUUAGCAAAUUAGAGACAAGAACAGGUUGCGAAGCUAGCAUUCGAUUUGCAUUCCAGGAUGAAGAUGAUACGUGGAAAGUUUCUCAUUUUGUUCCUGAGCAUAACCAUGAACUUGCUAAGCCAGAGGAGAGACAAUUUUUGAGAUCAAAUAGAAAAGUUUCAGAUUCAAAUUUGGGUGUCAUUAAAACAAUGGUGGGUGCAGGAAUAAGGACCACAAAUACAUAUUCUUAUUUAGCAGAAGAAGUUGGAGGGUCUCAAAAUGUUGGUUUUACAAAAAGAGAUUGCUACAAUGUUGUGAACAAGGAGAAAAUGGCCAUGAUUGAAGCAGGGGAUGCUCAAAGCUUGAUGAACCUUUUCAAGCGCAAACAAGCUGAAGAUCCUAUGUUCUUUUACACAGUUCAAGUUGAUCAAGAAAACCGAAUGACAAACUUUUUUUGGAGAGAUGGAAGGUCACGAAUUGACUAUGACUGUUUUGGAGAUGUGGUAGUAUUUGAUACUACUUAUCGAACUAAUAGGCAAUGGCAAAUGGCAUUCAAAACAUUUUUCCUGGGGUGUGUCAUCGUUUAUGCUCGUGGCACAUAUCUCAGAAUGCUGCAAGAAAUUUGGGAAGUCAUUACGAUACCAGAGCAAUAUAUAUUGAAGCGAUGGACAAAAGAUGCCAAAAAAGAAUUGGAGGCAAAUGAGCAUGGUGAAUUAUUACAGGUAAAUGGUAAAUCAUCGGUCACAUUGCGACGAAAUGCUUUGAUGCGAACAACUUAUGAUGUAUUGAGUAAGGCAGCAGAGACAGAAGCUACUACUAGAAUUGCUAUGGAAAAAUUGAGAGAGAUGGAAGAAUUGAUUGAAAAAGAAAUGAUAACGUCGAAGGGGGAAGUUAAUAAAAAAACUUCUGAUAAUGUUGUUGAUUGUAAUGCAAGUGGUUGCACAUUUGAUGAAACACCAGUACUGAAUCCCCCGUGUGUAAGGCCAAAAGGUAUAAGCAAUGCCAGAUUAAAAAGCGCUAUGGAGAAACGAAGAAAAAGGACAUCAAAAGAUACUGUUUCAUCAAGGAAAACCAAGCAAUCAAGCAAGAUAGGUCGUCCAUAUAGCUCAGCUCAUACACCACUCAGUUCAAAUUUUCUUAAUCCAGUCAGUGUACCAAUGAGUACAAAUAUUAGUAAUCAUGUCUACCCAACUAUGAGAUUGUUACCUACCGAAGGUCAUGCAAAUUUGCCUCAACCUAAUUUGUCCUUUACAAGCAUGCUACAAAGUACUAAUUUCAUGGCACUUUUGAAUAAGAUGCAAGAAUCGUUUACGCUUGGAAAUCGUUACUUAUUUUGA